AUGACGAAAAAUUCCGUGUUCAGCAGUUCAAAGCGGUGUGUUGAGUGUGGAGCGGAGAUAGAAGAUACAUACGAAAUAUUUUGUGGCCAAUUUAUUCGAUUAAAAAUGUGUCCGCAAUGCAAGAAAAUAGCGGACAAAUACAUUGAGUACGACAACGUGUUGGUGUACUUAGACCUCUUUUUACAGAAACCUCCAGUGUAUCGGCACUUACUUUAUAAUCACGACAAAGCGAUAAUGGCGUUCUUUGUUAAACUGUUUUUGGGAUCGAUGUUACUUGAAGGGUACAUCAGGCAGUCGACAGUACAAUUUCCCAAUUUCUAUUCGUUUUUACGGAACAUUGCACAAGCGAUUUUCGAAGACGUCAUAUUCCUGAUCAUGUGCAUUAUACCUAUAGUACUUAUCAAGAAAACAACAAUCGAAGAGACUGUUGUGAUGGUCUCACAAUCGUUUCUAAUUGGAUCACUGGGGAAAAUAUUUCUGUGUUUGGUCCUCAUGUGGAAUGACCCCCUUCCAAUUUACUUCUUCUCCGUCGGGAUGUCGAACUUGGCGUACUUUGUCUGCUUGAGUGUCGUCCUCGACUGGAAGGUAUGGAAGACUCUUGUAUUUGGAAGUGUUAUAUUAGCCAUCUUCACACUCCUCACAAGCAAAUUUUUACCAAUCACCCCGUUCACGUAUUUUGUGAUCAACGGAAACUUCAUGGAAAUGGUGUUGCAAGAUUUGUUUAAGCUCGCUGAGUAA